UUUUUUUAAAAGUAAAUAUUUACUAAAGUAAUGUUAUAUAUAACAGUAGUUAGCUUAGCUAGCUAUGUAAUGUAUCGGUUUGGUAUUUAUAUAUAUUGGAGGAAUUAUUUCGAACAAAUCUCAACUACUCUAUUCACGACUGGCCACAAGCGUUGAAAUCGUGUCCAGAGAUCGGUUGAGAGGUGUUUCUGAACCUUGCAGGCGCUAUCCUUGUUUUCUCUCUAGUCUUUAGAGAGAGAAACUUCAUUAACAAAAACCAGACAACUUAGAGAGAAAGAAGAGAAUUGAUUACUUUCGAAAAAAUGAGAUCAUCGUCGUCAUUCGGAAGCGGAAGCUCCCGGAGAUCAAACUACAGCCGUACAUUCGACUUUCCUGAAGAAUCCAGAGACCACGGCGUCGCCGGAUCAAUGCUGCCUAUGUUUCUCAACGACUUGAGACAGAAUAAUCAAAAUAAAAAAUAAAAUAAAAUAAAUAAACAUGACGACGACUCCAUUGUCGUCUGCAGCGUCACGCCGACUUCGAAUUCCAAUCUCGCCGUUGCCGGAGAAGAAGCCGCCGUCAACCGAAUUUUAGCGAGGAGUCUCUCCGCUACGUCGAGGAUUUGCAGGAAAUUCUCGUGGCUGAGGUCGUUGUCGACCGGAAUGCAGUCGGAGGACGCCGAUGAGCUGCCGGACUCUGGUUCCGCACGCGAUGCGAGGAAAGUCAAAGCGAAACUUGAUCGGACGAGAUCGAGCGCUCGGAGAGCUCUGAAAGGGCUCAGAUUCAUCAGCAACACCACCGGAAAGUCAGACGAGCUCUGGAACAAGGUGGAAUCGCGGUUCGAAUCGCUUUCGAAAGACGGUCUGCUGUGUAGAGAGGAUUUUGGAGAAUGCAUUGGAAUGGUUGAUUCGAAAGAGUUUGCAGUGGGGAUAUUCGAUGCACUGGCGAGAAGAAGCCGUCAGAGGCUUGGGAAGAUAACGAAAGAAGAGCUUUACAACUUCUGGUUGCAGAUUUCGGACCCCAGCUUUGACGCUCGUCUUCAAAUUUUCUUCGAUAUGGUGGAUCGUAAUGAAGAUGGAAGAAUCACGCAAGAGGAAGUCCAAGAGCUUCUACUCCUCAGUGCUUCGGCGAAUAAAUUGUCCAAAUUAAAGGAGCGAGCGGAGGAGUACGCUUCAUUAAUAAUGGAAGAGCUAGACCCUGAAAAUCUUGGUUACAUUGAGAUAUGGCAGUUGGAAACGCUUCUCCUACAAAGAGACACCUACAUGAACUACAGCAGACCUCUCAGCACAGCCAGUGUGGGUUGGAGCCAGAACUUGAGUGCAUUAAGGCCCACGGGCUUAGUGCGCAACGUGAGCUGCACACUCAAGUGUCUGAUACUAGAUAACUGGCAAAGGGGUUGGAUCUUGCUGCUCUGGUUCAUGGCCAUGGCUGGCCUCUUUGCCUGGAAGUUCAAUCAAUACAAAGAAAUGGCAGCUUUUGAAGUAAUGGGUUAUUGCCUGACGACUGCUAAAGGAGCCGCAGAGACUCUUAAGCUCAACAUGGCUCUCAUCCUCUUACCAGUUUGCCGGAACAUGCUGACGUGGCUCCGGUCUACUAGAGCCCGGCAUUUUAUCCCUUUUGACGACAACAUUAAUUUUCACAAGAUAAUUGCGUGUGCCAUAGCAAUCGGAGUCCUCCUCCAUGCAGGGAAUCACUUGAUAUGCGAUUUUCCUCGCCUCGUCAACUCUUCACCAGAAAAAUUUGCCACCAUAGCCACUGACUUCAAUAACAUACAUCCCACAUACAAAGACCUCUUAAAGGGUGUUGAAGGCGUGACAGGGAUUUCCAUGGUGAUUCUAAUGACCAUCGCAUUCACACUAGCAACAAGACACUUCAGGAAAAAUAUUGUGAAGCUGCCUGCACCUUUCAACCGAUUGACAGGCUUUAACGCAUUCUGGUAUUCUCAUCACCUUUUCGGUCUAGUCUACGUGUUGCUGCUAAUUCAUGGAACAUUCGUGUUCUUGGUACACAAAUGGUAUGAGAAAACGACAUGGAUGUACAUCUCUGUUCCUCUUUUCCUCUAUGUGGCAGAGCGGAGUCUGAGAACUUGCCGAUCAGAACAUUACUCUGUCAAGAUAUUGAAGGUUUCAGUACUACCAGGAGAUGUCUUCAGCCUCAUCGUGUCAAAACCAAAUGGUUUUAAAUACAAAAGUGGGCAAUAUAUAUUCCUACAAUGCCCAACAAUCUCCCCAUUCGAAUGGCAUCCGUUUUCAAUAACUUCAGCGCCAGGAGAUGACUACCUGAGUGUUCACGUCCGGACAGUAGGAGACUGGACACAAGAACUCAAGCGAGUAUUCACUGAGGAUGUUGGCUCAGCAUCUGCAAUUGGUCGAGCAAAAUUUGGGCAACUGGGAAACAUGGAUCGAAGAGGUUUGCCAAAAUUGCUCGUUGAUGGACCCUAUGGCGCUCCAGCACAGGACUACAAAAAUUAUGAUGUCUUACUUCUUGUCGGGCUUGGAAUUGGAGCUACUCCUUUUAUAAGCAUCCUCAGAGAUCUGUUAAACAAUACAAGAACAGAAGACCAAAUGGAUUCCAACACUGAAGCCACCAGUAGAUCAGAUGAUAGCUUUACCAGUUUUACUUCCUCAAACCUGACUUCAAGUGAAAAGAAGAAAUUGCAGGGGACCACAAAUGCUCAUUUCUAUUGGGUUACAAGGGAACCCGGCUCCUUCGAAUGGUUUAAAGGGGUGAUGAAUGAGGUCGCAGAGAUGGAUCACAAAGGUCAAAUUGAGAUGCACAAUUAUCUUACAAGUGUUUAUGAAGAAGGCGAUGCCCGGUCAACCCUUAUCACCAUGGUUCAAGCUCUCAAUCAUGCCAAACAUGGGUUUGACAUCUUAUCUGGCACCAGAGUGAGGACACAUUUUGCCAGACCAAAUUGGAGAGAAGUCUUCAACAAAAUAGCUUCAAAGUAUCCGUAUGCUACAGUAGGAGUGUUCUACUGUGGGAUGCCACUGUUGGCAAAGGAGCUGAGGAAGCUAUCACAUGAACUGACUCACAGAACAUCCACACGAUUUGAGUUCCACAAGGAGUAUUUCUAAAUCAAGAAGAUUUGCUACCCGAAACACGCCAAGCUGUUAUUCUUUUGUAAUUAUUCAAAUGAUCACAGAGGAAUGAAAUACAUAUAUACAUAUACACACCGCCACAAAAGAAUGUAAAUGCAUAUAUCAUUAUAUCAUACCGUUGAUGUA